AACUACCCAGAGACGGAUGUGAAAUAAAGACUACUUAUAGCACAAACGCCACGCAAGCUUUGCAUGAGCAGAUCACGAUGGAUGCUCAAUAAUCAGGUCAUCUGGAGGAGUGAGAAAGAGUGGCCAGUGGUGUGGGAGCUUAGGCUGUGAGGCGCUCGGCCAGCAUCCUGUGCAAAUCUUGUUGAAAGUUUGCCCUUACAAGGGAGGGAGUUGUCCACAAAGCCUCUUUGCAGCUGCUCCAGUGACUUCAGUAGCACUACAAAGGGAGGGAAAACACGGAGCAGCCAGUUCUUUGCAGCCCUGGAGAGGAAACUUGCUCUCGACCAGCUAUGAUAUCGAGGUGGAAUUUCUGCGCUGCUUUCUCUGGGGUGCUCCUCACCAUCCAGGCUUUCCCACACACCAAUAUUAAAAUCAGUCAAGCUUUGCCAGAGCCAAUUCUCUCUUACUCUUGCCCUCUGUUUUGGACUGAAUACGAAGGCUUUUGCUACAGAUACUUUCCAAUCAAUAAAACAUGGGCAGAGGCGGACCUGUAUUGUGCAGAGUUCUCCAUCGGCCUAAAGUCAGCCAAAUUAGCUUCCAUUCACAGCUGGGAAGAGAAUGUAUUCGUCUAUGACCUGGUAAACAGCCGAGUGCCUGGAAUACCGACGGAUGUUUGGAUGGGACUUAAUGAUCUAAGACAGGAAAGCAAUUUUGAAUGGACAGAUGGCUCCUCAUAUGACUAUAACUACUGGGAUGGCAAUCAACCAGACGACGGGAUCCACUCUAAACCGGAAGAUGAAGACUGUGUGCAGAUCUGGUACAGAUACAGCAGUGCUUUAAGGUCUUGGAAUGACAAUAGCUGCAGCAGAGAAUUUCCAUUUGUGUGCAAGAUCCCAUCCCUGGCUGCUGAUUAAGCGUUUGCCCAAAACAAAAGCAACAACUCAACUUCUGUCCAAACAACAUGGAAUGAAACAGAUGUACAACUUUUUUCUAAGCCUGUCUCCCUAUCCCACUGCACCCCGUGC